GGGACGCUGGGCCUCCGCCUGGCCCCCGCGUCGCGGAGGAGGGUGAGCGCGGCGGAGGCGGCGGGGCGGCGGCCAUGGGCUGCCUGCAGAGCGUGGCCUGCAAGGCGCGGGUGCGGCGGGAGCACAUCAUGGUGUCCGACGUGUCGGCCACCAUCGAGCCGGCGGCCACUGCCAUCGAGGAGAGCUCGCCGGUGGUGCUGCGGUACCGCACGCCCUAUUUCCGCGCCUCGGCGCGCGUCCUCAUGCCGCCCAUCGCCCGGCGCCACACCUGGGUGGUGGGCUGGAUCCAGGCCUGCAACCACAUGGAGUUCUACAACACCUACAGCGACCUCGGCGUGUCAAGCUGGGAGCUGCCCGACUUGCGAGAAGGAAGAGUAAAAGCCAUCAGUGAUUCUGAUGGAGUGAGCUACCCCUGGUAUGGAAACACCACAGAAACUGUGACCCUGGUUGGGCCCACAAACAAGAUCUCCAGGUUCUCGGUGAGCAUGAAUGACAAUUUCUACCCCAGCGUGACGUGGGCUGUCCCUGUGAGCAACAGUAAUGUGCCGUUGCUGACCAGGAUUAAAAGGGACCAGAGCUUUACCACGUGGCUGGUAGCCAUGAACACCACUACCAAGGAAAAGAUCAUCUUGCAGACUAUAAAGUGGCGGAUGCGAGUGGACAUUGAGGUUGAUCCCAUGCAGCUCCUGGGGCAGCGGGCACGACUGGUGGGAAGGACUCAGCAGGAGCAGCCCCGGAUCUUGAGCAGGAUGGAGCCCAUCCCACCAAAUGCACUAGUGAAACCCAAUGCCAACGAUGCCCAAGUCCUCAUGUGGAGACCCAAGCGAGGCCAGCCUAUAGUUGUUAUACCUCCCAAGUAGCACAGCACCGGGGCACGCACUGGUGCGUGCAUGUGGGGACCUUGGUGCUGUUGGUGUGGUGCAAAUGAGUGGGAUUCCUGAGCCAAAGCAGACCUCUUGAGUUCGCCUGCCUUUGUAGCUGUGGUUGGAAGUUCCACAGUUGGAAAGAGAGCAUGAGCUUGGCCUGGCUGUGGAGAGGAAUUGCCAAGCUGGUCCCAGGAAGUGGAUUUAAGUGCUUCUAGGGCUUGUGGCUGGAAAAAAGGCUGUCUUAUCUAACCAUCUCCUGCCUCCUUGCAGGAAAGUGUGAGGAGCAGGAGCAUGAUAAAACCGUGCCUGUGGCAAAUGCUGCUUUCCACCCCAUUAGCUGUAGUAGAGGAGCCCAUGCCUGCCAGACAUGGGGGGUUGUGCAGUCACCCUUCCCCUCGAUGUCUCUACCUAUGCAUUUCAGAUGGAUAAUCAGCAUGUUGCCAUGCUGUCUGGGACUUGGAAGGGCCUGGGAGCAGUGUGGGAGCUGGUGCCCAGUCAGAGCCCAGUGCCAGCAGUCAUCUCUGCCUGAGAGGGGCUUUCUGCAGCUGACUGGAAGCAGGACAUUAUGCAUGCGUCUCGGUGUGUUUGGAGUGGUUGUGAAUGUAGGCGAUGACAUAGUUCAUUCCUGUCUAGGAGUGAGACCUGAGGGCAGGUUAGAUAUCCUUCAGUUUUAUGGUGCACUAAAUCUUUGCAGUUCCCCCCCUCCCCAUCCCCACCUGCCAUUUCUUUUGCUGGAGCAAGAAUUAUUCUCAACCAGAAGAGAAAUCACAAGUGAUGCCUUUUCACAGAGGCGAAGGAGAGCAGGCAGCUACUGAUGGUGUUUGCGUGGUAUCCAGAAAAGCUUGGAGGUACUCCAGGAUUUGGAUGCUUCCACUGCAGACAUGAGUACAUAGCAAGAGGUUGUGUGCUUGUUCAUCUUCCUCCCAAAUGCCUGCUGGUGUGGGAGGUUUGAUCCUCAGCCACCCAUGGAGCAGUGCAGCGUGUGUGCAUGUGCAAGUUGCUCGUGCUAUUGCAGGUGUCUGGCAGGUUGCCUUUUUCUCCACCCUGUGCCCUUCACUGCCUGGAUUGCUGGCAUCUCUCUGGUCUGUGGGGAGGUGCUGGUGCUGUGGGCUGCAGUGUACAAUUCCCUGCUUGUUGUAGCAGGGGAGCAACUUUUCCCUUCUUUCAGCUGAGCUCUGGUGGUUGCACCUUCCUGGAUGCAGCAGCAGCAGAAGCCACAGUGGCUUUGUCCCCCACCCAAGGACAGUUUCAGGUGCCCUGUGUUGCUGCAGGGUCCCGGGCAGAUGAAUAUGGCUUUUGCUGCUUUCCCUGCUCUGUUUCAUGCUGCCAUACCUCCAGCCUGUGCCCCUGCCUUUGUGCAAUGAAGGUUUCUGCUGCUGUGGGGAUGUGAGGUAUUUCUGCUUGGAGCUUCCUGCAUUCCCCUUGCUGCUGGGAGAGCCUGGGAACUGUCUCACUGGCUACUCUUGUCAAAGCCUUUUUUGCAGCAUCAGGAGCACUUCCUUGAACCUGGGUGUCAGGCAGCCCAGCUCAGGACUUCUUUGCUUCCCCCAGUGUGCAAAACCUGCUCCCCCUGCUGCAGAGGAGCCUUUUUUCCUCGUGUGCACACGCCUUGGGGCAGAGCCUUCCCACAGCAUCGCUCUCUGAAGUACGCACAAAUCCCUGCAAAGCUUCAGGUGCAGCUCAUGCUUUUCCAGGGUGAGACGCACACCUCUGGCAUCUGGGAGCUGCUCCCCACGAGCAAAGGGACUCCUGGGUGUCUUAGACCAAAAAUCCUUGUGAAAUCCCCAUGCUAUUUAUUACUCUCAUUAGGCUUUGCUGCUUAUUCAGUUCUUAAUUUUUUUUCCUCUGGGAGCAUUGCACACCAACACCCUGGUGAACACUUUGAUGUGCUGUGGGCUGUGGUCCUGCUCCUCCUGCUCGGCCUGGUGCAGACAGAGCGGUUUGGUGGCCUGGGAAGCAACUGCUUUGGGUUAGCUGAGGACUGGGUGAGUCCUUGCCAUGAGAAAAGCCUGGAGGGAGAGCAGGCUCUGAGCUCUGGUCUGCUUUGCUUUUCUGAGCAGAGUUUCUGCAAGGAAAUGGUGAGCACUGGGCACCUUGUUUUUGUGAGAUUCAGCCAGUGUUUUUGUAUGGACACGUGAUCAAAGGCAAUUUUAGCUAUUGCUGAUGUUAUGUUUAUCAAAAGUGUGUGUGGAAAAGCUGUUAGAAACUUUCAAUACAAUUUGCAUCAAAAUGUGGGGGAGGAGGAAGAAGGGGACAUACCUUUCAGUGUGAAAUAAGACAGGUGUGUAUUGUUGACCUGCUAGGACAGAAACAAUCCCAAAAGCUCUUGUGAAACCCCUUUGCAGGGGCUGGAGGGCAGUUGAGCCCAAGGAAAUGAUGCAGCAAAGGGCUGUGUGGCAUUGAAGCACAGAGGGAGAGAGGCAGAGGAUUGGCUGCAUCUCCUCGGUGUGUAGGGAGCGAUCAGCCCCUCUAAGGAUCUGCUUGCAUGUUCAUGUCUGAGGUUGCUUGCAGCUUGGCUGCCCUUUCUGAGGGCCCCAAUUGGGAGCCCCAGUGCUGGCUCUGGGAGGAGCACCUGGCCUCCUGAGCUCAGCUGUAAAACCACCCCAUGGGACGCUAGCCCCUCCAGCACUCCAUCCCCAUCCCCGCUUGUAGCCGGCACCUCGUUAUCUCAGGGAGGGACAGGUCGCGCUUCCCCCUCAUCCUGAGGUGCCCCUUCUGCUCCGUCCUGUGGUUUCAUGGCUGUGCCCACAUACCACUUGGGCACGGCACGCUGGGAAGCACCCAUCAAUCUCUCUGGGUUCAGAGUGUUGCUGCGGGUGCUGGGAAACGCCUGCGGGGCAGGCGGGUGAAGCCGGAGUGGGUGCCACAAGUGCCACCCUUGUCCUCGGCACCCAUGCGGACGCGGCUGCUUGCUCGCGUGCUCGGCUCACUUAUUUAUUUCUUAUUUAUUUCUUAUUUAUUUAUUUAAGAUGUAUUUAAGUUAUUUAUUUGUAUUUAUUGACAGCUGGAACUCGGGGGUCAUUUCUGCUGCGUGGCAGGGGUGGCUGGGUCUCCCCUGCGCAUUUCGGGAGCGCCGAUGGGGAGGGAUGCUUGUGGGCACCCGCUCCCAUCCU